AUGCCGCCAAACAGAGAUGACAGCCCCAGCACCCAAGUCGCUCUCCAUCUGUCGCAACUAGACAUGGGCGCCGACACUCCCACCACCAGAAAGCGGCCUGCAGACAUGGCCGAGAUCGAUGAAACUCCUGGCGCAUACGACCAGAUGAUACCCUCUGCCUCUCCCUCCAAAUCACCUACACCUAACAACCCCACCUCACCGCGGGGUCGCCUGGUCCUCCAUCCUCCCCGCCGUGUCACUUCUCCUCCACCUCCUACUCCGAUUGCUUCGCCCAAUCUCGAAGACGAACAUGAUUUGUCUCUUCCUACAGCUAUAAAGAUUGCCCAAGACAAAUUAUCUGCCUUGCGCUGCGAUUCGCCAACCAACCCUACUGAAGAUGAUACCUGCAAUCAAGAUGAGAACAUGACCUGGCAACAAGAUGAGAUCACUGGACAUCAUAUCGACCACACUGCCGACGACGAUGGCGAAGGCAUUAAUGGCAUUGGCUUCAUACCAACACCUGCUAUGGUCACUAAGCGCUCCGAAUGGCGCCGGCGUCAGAUUUUGGAAUGGCGCGCUCGCGAAUCAAGAGAAGCAAGACAACGACGCUACGAUAAGCGCAAAACUUCACAACGUGAUUCUGCCAUCUCUCUCGAUGAGGGAGGCUCUUUCAAGCGCCGCAUGGUAAGGUUUGCGGAGGCCUGA